CUGAAACCGUCUCCUAGUUCCACUUGUUUUGUUGUGCACUGGUUAAAAAACAGAACCUUACACACUUUGUCGCAGACUAUUUCAGGAAGGCUAGAAGUGACCUGUGCAGAAUUCAUCAUGACUGGUGUGGCGAAGACAUGUCAUCACUGUCUGUCUAAGAUGGCCAGUAAUGCCUACUUUAUGGUGGGACUUCUGUUCUUUCUUGCCGUUCCUCUCACCAUGGCGUUUGUAGGUGUGAAGUCUAUAGACGACUGCCCUGUUCAGCCAAUGAUUCCUCUCUACCUGCUGGUGGGCGGGGUUAUUGGCAGUGUAAAGGUCACGCUGCUCCUGUACGACAUCACCCGCAUGAGGUCGCUCAUCUCCAAGUCGGUCGUCAUCGGCGACGACGAUGCCGACGAGUAUCCAUGGAGACAGAACGCAAACAAGUACUACGUGCACGUCAUCCUCAGCCUGUUCCUGUUCGUCUGGUUCCUCCUGGGGAACUACUGGGUGUUCUCUGUGUUCCAGCCUAACUUCAUCACACCCUUCCACCAGCCACAGGACUACUGCAGGAAGUCUCUGUACCUAUUUGCUGUGUUUGUGUUGACGCUCAGCCACACCGUGCUGCUCCUGCUACUCUGCUGUGGGGUCUGUGUACACGUCUGCUCUCAGACCAGCACCAGGGACGACUACGGGGAUAGUGAUGAAGACUGAGAGACUGACUGGCUGGCUGGAUGACUGACUCAGAGAAGCAUACAGAUGUAGGAUUUUAAUUUGAUCAUCCUGUUUUUGCAGGAAUGUUCCUGCGCAGCAGGAAAUACAAGCUUGUAGUGUAUCUGAGGUUUAAAAGGGCUUCUGAAGUUUGUAAUUUCCACUUUGAAAUUUCAGACUUGAUUUUCCCUUACAAAAACUGUACUGUAUCAAACCCUACAAAAAUGUCCAUGAAUUAUAAUCCACAUAAUAAUUUAAAUUUCCUGUUGCCCUCAUAAAUAUUUUCCUGCUGUAGCAAACUGUCUCAAAUAAAGAUCCUACAUCUGUACAGAAAUAUUGUAGAGCACUGGGGCAUUGCAGUUAGAUGGUUCUGUAGUUAGUAGAACAGUGGGGCAUUGCAGUUAGAUGGUUCUGUAGUUAGUAGAACAGUGGGGCAUUGUAGUUAGAUGGUUCUGUAGUUAGUAGAACAGUGGGGCAUUGUAGUUAGAUGGUUCUGUAGUUAGUAGAACAGUGAGGCAUUGUAGUUAGAUGGUUCUGUAGUUAGUAGAACAGUGGAGCAUUGCAGUUAGUUGGUUCUGUAGUUAGUAGAACAGUGGGACAUUGUAGUUAGAUGGUUCUGUAGUUAGUAGAACAGUGGGGCAUUGUAGUUAGAUGGUUCUGUAGUUAGUAGAACAGUGGAGCAUUGCAGUUUGAUGGUUCUGUAGUUAGUAGAACAGUGGGGCAUUGUAGUUAGAUGGUUCUGUAGUUAGUAGAACAGUGGAGCAUUGCAGUUAGAUGGUUCUGUAGUUAGUAGAACAGUGGGACAUUGCAGUUUGAUGGUUCUGUAGUUAGUAGAACAGUGGAGCAUUGCAGUUUGAUGGUUCUGUAGUUAGUAGAACAGUGGGGCAUUGCAGUUUGAUGGUUCUGUAGUUAGUAGAACAGUGGGACAUUGUAGUUAGAUGGUUCUGUAGUUAGUAGAACAGUGGAGCAUUGCAGUUAGAUGGUUCUGUAGUUAGUAGAACAGUGGGACAUUGCAGUUUGAUGGUCCUGUAGUUAGUAGAACAGUGGAGCAUUGCAGUUAGAUGGUUCUGUAGUUAGUAGAACAGUGGGGCAUUGCAGUUUGAUGGUUCUGUAGUUAGUAGAACAGUGGGGCAUUGCAGUUUGAUGGUUAUGUAGUUAGUAGAACAGUGGAGCAUUGCAGUUAGAUGGUUCUGUAGUUAGAAGAACAGUGGGGCAUUGCAGUUAGAUGGUUCUGUAGUUAGUAGAACAGUGGGGCAUUGCAGUUAGAUGGUCCUGUAGUUAGAAGAGCAGAGCGACAGGUGAGGUUGGGUGUGUAACGUUGGGGAGAUAUGAGCACAGGGAAAGACUAACCUUAGCAUAACUAACAGAAGUUCUAGGCCUCUAUAUGUGACCUAGACAGUUGCACGAGGAAAGAAGAGUCAUUCUGGUGGCAGCUCCCAAACAAAUCUGUGAAAUCUACAUGUAUCAUAUGUAACCACACAGGUGGGCCUGGGAGCCUGUUGUUAACUUGAUUGCAUCAUGUGUGGGUGUUUUUGUGCAAUGUAAUUGUCUUUUUAGAUAUUGAAUUACACAAAUGAAACAUGUGCUACAAUUCUACAACUGUUUCAUGUACUUUGUAGGGUCUGAAAUGAAUUUACAAGGCAUGUUUUAUAUACAGUUCCAGAUCAACAUUUGAUCAACACAGAUGUCAGCAUGUACAGUAUAUUGUGUUUAACUCUGUAGGAUUUUAGCACUAAUAUUUAUUAAUUAAUGUUUGCACUUUCUAUAGUAUUUGAAAUCAUUUUGUUUGUCAGGAGGCAAUGUGCACUGUUACAUUAGGCUCUUGACUUGUGGAAGAUACUUUUUGAACGCCUCCAAUCUAACAGUACAGCAAUACUACUCCACCAUCUAGUGGUCAAAUCAAGUACUAUGAAAGCGUAAUCUCACGACAGCUCAUUUUUUAAAUGUAAUUAUUAUCUUUAGUGGGUGUGAUGAAUAAUCUCUCAAUUGAAUUGGUGUUCAUUUUUUAUCAUAAGGACAUUUGAA